CGCUCAUUCGGGGCGUGUUUCAGCGCAGGUUUGAAUGGAGACGGAAAUAUGUGAGUUUUUGUAAAAAAAAAAAAAAAAAAAAACACGGACGCGAAGUCGAGCCUUAGGCCAGAGAACAGUCACUGACCCGGAGCUCGACAACAACAGGAGAGGGUUCACUCGGCUGAGAACUGUCCGUCCUCUCCUCUCCGCCGGCCUCCAAGAUAGAUUCUCUCAGGAGUAAAGUGGAACUGCUGAAGCUGCCACUGUCUCUGUCGUCCAAAUCCAUCUCGGAGCGCAAGUCUCAGCUGGGAGGACCCACCGAGCGCUCCAGGGGCGGAGCUGGGGCCCACAAACCCCGCCCACCGGCCCCAGACAUGGACAACGAGUCGCAGUACUCCGGAUACUCCUACAAGUCUUCCCAUUCACGCAGCUCUCGCAAGCACAGGGACCGGCGAGACCGACAUCGCUCUAAGAGCCGAGACAGCAGCAGUCGAGCGGACAAGUCCGUCACCAUCCAGGCCCCCGGAGAGCCCCUGCUGGACGCCGAGUCCACGCGCGGAGACGACCGGGAUGAUAACUGGGGCGAGACCACGACCGUGGUGACCGGGACGUCCGAGCACAGCGUCUCGAAUGAAGACCUCACGCGGGCGUCGAAAGAGCUCGAGGACUCUUCGCCCCUGGAGUGCCGGCGUUUCGCGGGGCCCGUCCUGAGUGGCAUCCUGGGGCUGUUUGCGCUCCUGACGCCCCUGGCCUUCCUCCUGCUGCCCCAGCUGCUGUGGCGCGACUCCCUGGACCCCUGCGGGACGCCCUGCGAGGGCCUGUACGUGUCCCUGGCCUUCAAGCUGCUGGUGCUCCUCAUCUCGUCCUGGGCUCUGUUCCUGCGGCCUCCGCGCGCCACGCUCCCGCGCUUCUUCGUCUUCCGCUGCCUGCUGAUGGCGCUGGUCUUCCUCUUCGUGGCGUCCUACUGGCUGUUCUACGGCGUGAGGGUGCUGGAGCCCCGAGAGCGUGAUUACAGGGGCAUCGUGGGAUACGCCGUGUCGCUGGUGGACGCGCUGCUGUUCAUCCAGUACUUGGCGCUCGUGCUCCUGGAGGUGAGGCACCUCAGGCCGGCUUUCUGCCUCAAAGUGGUGCGCACCACCGACGGAGCCAGCCGCUUCUACAACGUGGGACACCUCAGUAUCCAGCGAGCAGCGGUGUGGGUCCUGGAUCACUACUACACUGAUUUCUCCGUCUACAACCCUGCUUUACUCAAUCUCCCCAAGUCCAUCCUGUCCAAGAAGAUGUCUGGGUUUAAGGUCUACUCCCUGGGGGAAGAGAACAGCACUAAUAACUCGACGGGACAGUCCCGCGCGAUGAUCGCCGCUGCCGCCCGCCGGAGAGACAACUCUCAUAACGAGUAUUACUACGAGGAGGCGGAGAUGGACCGCAGGGUCCGCAAGCGCAAGGCCAGGCUGGUGGUGGCGGUCGAGGAGGCGUUCACUCAUAUCAAGCGGCUCCAGGACGACGAGGUGGCGGCGUCCCCCAAACACCCGCGCGAGGUGAUGGACCCCCGGGAGGCGGCGCAGGCCAUCUUCGCCCCCAUGGCCCGGGCCAUGCAGAAGUACCUGCGCACGACCCGCCAGCAGCCCUACCACAGCAUGGAGAGCAUCAUCGCACACCUGCAGUUCUGCAUCACACACAACAUGACGCCCAAGGCGUUCCUGGAGCGGUACCUGACCCCGGGCCCCACCAUGCAGUACCAGCGUGAGAACGGCAGGGGGCGCCAGUGGACCCUGGUGAGCGAGGAGCCGGUGACCUCAGCGCUGCGGCAGGGCCUCGUGUUCUCCCUGCGCCGCCUCGACUUCGCCCUGGUCGUCACGGUGACGCCCCUCCCCUUCUUCAACCUGGGGGAGGAGUUCAUCGACCCCAAGAGCCACAAGUUCGUGAUGCGGCUCCAGUCAGAGACCUCUGUGUGAGGGGUCAGAGAGACAGAGACAGAGGGACACAACCACUCCACUUUCUUUCUAGAUAUCACUUUUAAACGACUGUUUGUAUGUUUUUUUAUACACUACAUGAACUCCUUCGACCUAGAGACCGUCCGGAUGACUCUCGGCGGACUAACUCUUCUGCGUUUCAGCUGUGAAUAAUGAUCAAAUACAGUUCCCAAAUCAGUCUCUGAGACACACCAGCAACUACACACACACAGGUUUAUCCUUCAAAGCCCAUGACAAGUGAUGGAAACACUAUACGAUUGUAGCUGAUCAACGCGGAGAAAUCAAGUGCUUUACUAUUGAAUGAUUGUGGAUCAGAAGCACAUGAGACGCAUGUUUGUAACUCUACUCGUCGUGAAUGUUUUUAAGAUGUCGUAUGUUUUUGCAGUACUUUAUUCUUCAUCCUAAUGAAUCGAGGGGCCUUUAUAUCAUCCGUUUACAUCGUUCUGUUCACCAGCAAACCCAUGUCCGUUCCCUAGAGCGCGGCUUUCUUCCAAACACACUCGUGGUUUUGCUCUCUUUGGUGUGUACGUCUGUCAUGACCAAUCAAAUGUGUGACCUUUACGUAAAAUGCAAAAACAUGAAUGUGUGCCAAUCGUUGUGCCUGCAGAGCUAUGCACACACACACACAC